AUGCGAAAUCUCAGCCUGCUGCUCGUCAUCGCCAUGAUGGCUGCUCUCCUCCAAACCGUCGCUAGCGCCGCAACGAAGAAGGUCAACACCAAGACACCACGCAUCCUCGUGCCGCUCUACAUCUAUCCUGAGCCCGGCGCGUGGGAUCCGCUCUACACUGCGAUCCGCAACAGUCCCAGCGCGGCCUUCUUGGUCAUCAUCAACCCCAACUCCGGUCCUGGCGACGGCAGUGCGCCUGACUCGGACUACGCUUCUGCGAUCCAACAGCUUCGCUCGACGGCGGCGGCGAACCAGACGCUCGAACUGAUUGGCUACGUGCCCACCGGCUACGGCAAGCGCUCCGCAAGCCAAGUCAAGUCCUUCAUCAGCACCUACGCCAAGUGGCCCCGCUCCGUUCGCCCAGACGGCAUCUUCUUCGACGAAACCAUCACCUCGCAAAAAUACCUCGCCAAGUACCGCAACUAUACCGACUUUGUCAAGUCCCAAUCGUGGGGUGUAUCCACCAAGACGCCCUCCAACGCAACGUACGCCCAACGCAAGGGCAUCACAAUGCUCAAUCCCGGCACCUGGCCCGAGAGCGACAAGUUUUGGAGCAUCGCAGACCACAUCGUCGUGUACGAAGACAAGCUGUCCAACUUCGACUUUGGCGAGUACCAGCAGCUGACUCAGAACAAUGUCCCCGUGGCGAGCAAUUUUCAGCGCAGCUACAUUUUCUACAAUGUCGAUAGCGCAAAUGUGACAACGAAGGACGGGAGGAACUUCAUGGGCGUUGAUGCGCUGGUGAAUGCCACCAUCAGGGUGCUGGCUUCGAGAGGCGGGUUGUUUAUCACGGAUCUCAAGAUCGGAGAGGAGGAUGUCUAUGCCAAGUUCUCAGGGAUUUGGCAGGAGUUUGUUAAGAUGGUUGGGGCGUCGUCGUAG